CUACCUGACUAACGGACUCACGUCUCUCGAGCGUUUCCCCAUCAGUUUUAAGACCCAGUUUUCGGGUCACUGCUUUCAUCACGUGGUUCUGGGGGUCUACUGCAAUGGGCGUUACGGAUCGCUGGGCAUGAGCCGGCGCCAGGACCUGAUGGACAAACCUCUCAUGUACCGGACACUGGGCGAGCUGGUGGCAGAGUUCGAGAGUUCCUACAAGAGAUACCAGCACACGCUAAAGAAGGUGAAGAUUGGCUUGUACGUGCCUCACGACCCCCAUGUCUUCCAGCCAAUCGAAUGGAAGCAUUUGGUGCUGAACGCAGCCAGACUUGGAGCUCAGGAGAUGAGGAAAGAACUGGAGAAACAUGGCCGGGACAUGAGGAUGAAGAUCCUAAAAUCCUCCAGUGCUCAGUCACCAAUCAAAGAGCGCAGCAGAGGGAAGUCCUUAUCACCACGGCGGCGGCAGCUCAGUCCACAGCGGCGGGUCACAAACCGCCGAGACAAAUCACCUGCCUCCGUAGAGAGGAAACCUCCAGAGCUCAGCACUCUCAGUGACGGUUACCAGAUCCGCAUCUGACCCCCCACACCUCACCUGUAAGGGGUCUUUAACCCCGCCCCUCCAGUCUCCACCUGCCACCAGCGCUGAAACAAACUGAAGCUGAAGCUUCAGAGCUGGACGGUAUAAAACAACCUCAAACUGCAACACCGGCCUUCUGUCUGCUUAAAUGUUUCAGUUGGACUUUGGCCAAAACUUUCAUUUAUUAUGCAGAGAAAACUGGAACAAAUUAGGCAGCAGUCGCUUCUUAAAGGUUGAAAAGUCAGGUCAGAUUGUAUCGAUCACGGUGGCUUAGAGUAAGAAAAGUGUUGAUCAAGAGGAUUGAAUGUGUCAGUCAAUAGAGAGGAAAAUUUAAAAAGAAAAGGCGGAAAGACAGAAGAGCUACAAAGACAGGAAUCAAUGGAGACGAGAAAAAUGACUAAUUGGACGUCUCCAGCAGCUCUCCUUGUAAAAGUCCUUCAAACAAAACAAAAGCUGUUAAAACUUGUUAAAGUAGAGCUUAAAACCUAAAAGGCAACAAAUCAGGACCUUUGGUUCUGAAGUCCUGAGGUGUACUGUAUGGUUAUAGUAAGGCCUUACUGAAGCCACAAAGAGGGCUGUGAAAUGUGAAAAAAAUGUGAAAAAUUUUGAUAUUUGUAAUGUUUUAUUUAGAUAACUAUUUAUGGUAUGUCACCCUUAAAGGAAAGUAUUUUUUAAGUAAAAUGUCACCACAUAGAAUUAAAUCACUUCACUUUGUGAAGUUAAGUGACCAGUUAGCGUCUCUGAAGCUAAGGGACCUGUUAGCGUCUCUGAAGCUAAGUGACCUGUUAGCGUCUCUGAAGCUAAGUGACCUGUUAGCGUCUCUGAAGCUAAGUGACCUGUUAGCGUCUCUGAAGCUAAGUGACCAGUUAGCAUCUCUGAAGCUAAGGGACCUGUUAGCGUCUCUGAAGCUAAGGGACCUGUUAGCGUCUCUGAAGCUAAGGGACCUGUUAGCGUCUCUGAAGCUAAGUGACCAGUUAGCGUCUCUGAAGCUAAGCGGCCAGUUAGCUUCUGCUCCGUACUGUAAGAUCUGUUCCUCACCUCUGACUGUCCGGUCCGGGUUAAAUGUGAUUGGAUGUUUUUAUCGUCCUGUCGAGGCCUUUGAUGAAUCACAGUUAAAGCUUGAAGUCUGUUGUCGUUGUACUUUUCCAGUAUUUUCACUUGAAUUGAAUCGUUGUGAUGCAAUCAUUUAAAGCAAACCAGAAAAUCACAGAAUAUUUCAUAUCAAAGCUCGAUUCUUCAUGUUUAUGCAGGAAAGUCUGAGCUCAGUCUUAAAGCUGAACCAGCUGUUCUUCUGGUCAAUAGAACCUGAACCGACYGGGUCAGGUUCUGAUGUUUAGAGUUUGAUUCUGGAGGUUUAACUGAUUGUUUUUAAGAUCUAAUGUUUUGAAUAUAUUUCACUGUUCUAAAGCUUUUUGUGUAUAUCCRUGCAUAUAAUACAUCCAUGUAUCUAUGCUUACCUUCAUGCUUUGAGUCACGUUUGUAUAAAUACACAAAUACUUGCAUCGAGAAAGUUGUGAAGGACACAAAAGAAACUCCUGAAACUUGACGUGUGACCGAGGAACUCGAACCCUCGUAGGAUUUUGUGAAACCCGUGUUUAUGGUCAUCAGUAGGACAACUUUAAAGUCUGCGUUGUGACUUUAUCCUUGGAUCGUUUCUUCACUUUUCUCUGAUUGUUUCUGCUCCAUCAGRUGAUGAGUCAGCAGAAAUCAUUUCCUUGAGCUAUGCACGCGCUGUUASCCGUCAGAUGAGGCAAAAACAACAGAAGUCCUUGUCUUCCACAGUUGGUUUCAUUGACGAGGCUUUAAGUAAAUGAUGAGCGUGUAGAAGAGUACAUGAACCUCAGAAUACCUCCAUCUGUUUGUCCAUCAACAACCAGUCGAGGCAAAAACUUCCUGUUUCCAGUGAAUGAAAGAAACAACAGAUUAUUUACUAGUUUUUGGAUUCGAGAUGAGCAUUGUGGCUUCUGUCCUGGAACCGCGGACCAGAUCUUUACCCUUGUGGACUUGCUAAAGAGGAUUUUUGAGUAUUUUUUUUUCUAUUUUCCUCACAUUGGUUACAUAUUCGAUCUAAUUGUUAGUGUUACAUCAUGCAAGAGGCUUUAAAACUUCACCUUCAGUGUUGAACAAACUUUUCAUAAGUUGUGUAAAACAUUACAAUGUGACUCUAGCUGCAGAAAAAUGUUGUUUUUUGUUACAAAUGACAGACAGGAUGAAGUGGUCCUGGUCUUGUUAGCACGUGUACAUAAAGGUUUCCUGAUUCAUGUAUUUUAUAU